GCCGUCGCACACCCCUUCCUCGCCGCACAGGUCACCGGUCACAGCACCGCCACCGAUCCCUCUGCAGCAGAUGAGCGCCGCAUUGCACGUUGCCUUCGUCUGGCAGCGUGCAAUGAGACCUCACGGGCGUGCGCGGCUCUCGAGUCCGCGGAGGCAGCCCCAGAUACACAGGGGACGAUACAGCGCCUGCAGUCGAAGCACCCCAACGCGGAGAGGCCGACCCCAGCUUGGCUGUCUGGCUUCCAGGGGUCCCCUCUCGUGCUCUCGGUGGAUCACUUACGCCGCGCGAUUUUCACAGCUCCGCGGGGCUCUUCGGGAGGACCGUCCGGUUGGGUCGCUGAGCACCUGCGAGACACUUUCCUAGCUUUCCCUCAGAGUCUCCAUUUCCUCCUGGCCGUGUACCAGCAGUGGCUCCGAGGCCGUUGCGCUCCAGCUGCGCGCUCCUUGCUAGCGUCCUCCACCCUCGUGGCUCUGGCGAAGUCGAACAUGGAUGUUCGGCCGAUUGCCAUCGGCGAGGUUUUGGUCCGCAUUCUUUCUCGGGCAGUUUGUCUCCAGCUACGUGACCAGAUGGCGAGGGUCUUCUUGGCAUCACAGCAGUUUGGGGUGGGGGUUACGUGCGGGACAGAGGUCGUAGUUAGAGGCGUCCGCCGCGCUCUGGCUGACCACCCAGACUGGGUGGUCCUGCAGCUAGACGUGGCGAAUGCCUUUAACUCUUUCCACCGAGACAGGAUGUUUCAGGCGCUGCAGGCCAGUCCGGAGUUUCAGUGUCUGAUCCCCUUCAUCGGCCUCUUCUACGGGACGCCCUCGGAUCUCCACUACAGGUCAGGCACGGGAGUGGUCACGAUGCACUCGGAGCGGGGCACUCGCCAGGGAGACCCUCUCAGCCCCUUCUUGUACGCUCUGACACAGCGUCUUGCUUUGGAGCCGGUUCUGGCGGAGGGGGAUGUCCAGCUCUGGUCGUACGCCGAUGACACGUACGUGCUAGGUCCCCCAGACAGGGUGCUGCACCAUUUUGCCGAGAUCGUGAGGCGCUUGGGCGAGAUGGGCCUUGCAGCCCAGCCGCACAAGUGCCUCGUCUACCAGACAGAGUCCUUUCUGUCCAGGGAUCUGGAGGCUUUCACGGGCCUAGGGAUCGAGGUCGCACGCCGAGGGCUCACCGUGACAGGCGUACCGGUAGGCACCGUUUCGUUCGUGGAGCAGAGUCUCCCGGAUCGUCUCGAGAGGAUGGGGCGGGUGCUACCUUGGCUUCCGAGGUUGCGCCAGCCCCAGACAGCUGCCCGCCUUCUUUCGGCGUGUGUCAGCACUCGUCCGCAGUACCUGUCGAGGACCGUCCCUCCUUCGCCCGCAGUGAUCUCCAGUUUUACACGGUGGGACGCACGCCUGGGAGAGACUUUUCAGCAGCUUUUAGCUUCAGGGACCUGGGCUUGUCGCGAGGACGUCCGAGAGGCCGCCCUAGACCAGAUCUUCCUCCCCAUCCGUCUCGGGGGUUUCGGCAUUCGUCGCAUGGCGCGCAUGGCCCCGGUGAGUUUCGUGUGCUCCUGGGUGCAGUGUGCACCCAUUCUCUGUUCUCUCCCUGCGUGUGGCGAGGUGUUUCGGCAGAGCUUCGCUUCAGGUGAGCCAGAGCAGAUCGACCGGGCUCUGCAGACGGCGCUAGAGGGUCUCCCUCCUGACGUUCUCUCUCUCCUUCCCCCCUGGCCCUCUUGCGCUUCUGCCUCCCCCGAUUCCCUUUUUGCAGGAGCGAGCCGUCUUCUGGAGGCGCAUGCCUUGGAGGCCGUGCGUGCCCGUCACACCUCUCCCUUGCACCUUGCCCGUUUGACUUCCCUUCAGGGCGGAGGUGCAGGAGCGUGGUUGACGUCGGUGCCGUACGCCGACCCACUGCGCAUCCCGGAGGCGCUGUGGCAGGCGGCUUCAUCUUCUCGUCUUGGUCUCCCUAUCCCCCAGUUAGCCCUUGCAGGUCAGUGCUCCUGCGGACAGGCGAUUGACGACAUGACGGUGCCUCAUCACGCGGUUCGGUGCCCGCGUUACGGGGUCGCCACUACCAUCCACGACACGGUGAAGUACAUGCUUCGAGACUUUGCGGUCGAGGCGGGCUUCGCGGUAAAGGUGGAGGACUCUACGCUGUUCACACAGUUGGAGGCGGCUCGAGCGAGACUACUGGGACAGCCAGUGGUGGGAGAGGGGACACGGGCUGAGGGACCGGGGGAGCGGAGAGGCGAGGCGGGACAGCCGGGUGGCGGGGGACAGUGGGGACGGCACCAGCUGCGGGGUCAGGUGGAGCGAGGGACAGGUGGGCAGAGGGGACGGCAGGGGGAGCAGACGGGCCAGGACGGGGAGGGGGGACGGCACAGGCAGCAGCAGGAGAGCCAGUGGAGGCCGCGGGCCCAGGGCGCCGCGCCUCCAGGUUCGGCCUCGGGGGCGGGGCAGGGGCGGGAGCAGCAGAGAGCGGACGGAGGUACAGGAGGGGCAGCGGGAUUGGGAGGGGAGGGCCAGGGAGUGAGAGAGGCAGCAGGGGAUGGAGCAGGGGGGUCGGGAGGUUUGGGGGAGGGUAGGGAGGGGGAGGGGAGAGGACAGGUGGAUGGAGGAGAGGAGAGGGGGAGAGAGACGAUCGGAGAGGGGGCACCAAGGGACCAGACAGGGCAGCAGCCAGCGCAACAGCAGGGACCAGUCGGACGCACAGGCCGUGUAGGCACCGCCUCCCGCAUUCCAGACCUCACCUGCCGCGACGUUGGCCAGGGUCUGAUGGUUCUUGUGGAUGUCUCCAUAGCGGAUCCACAGCGGGAGGGGAACGUGCAGCUGAGACGGGCGACCCCCACACAGAUUGGAGUGGCAGCAGCUAGGCGGGUGCAGGAGAAGCUGCGUCACUGGGGGCCGCACUUAGAGGGGCUGCAGCCGGCACCACACUUUUACGCGUGCGUGGCGGAGACCUUUGGCCUUCUGAGUGAGCCGCUGCGUCAGUUUCUGGGGCUCUGCGCAAAGAGGAUAGCACAGCGGAGGAGGGAUAGAGGUGGGGGGGAUGACGGAUCGGCACGGAUAUUUGAGGCAGGACUCACUACACGCCUCUCCGUUGCACUGCAGCGCGCGCAGGCUCAAUGCAUGAUCCAGCAUGCGGUGCGGCAGUUAGGGAGGUCCGACGACGGGUGGAUGCCCGCACCAGUCCCACUGGGUGCGGGGCAGGGAACUUGGCACCACGUCACAGGGUGCUUCGAGAGUUCACACCCCCUGCCCCCUCAUGCCAUCCGCUCCCCCCGCCCCUACCCUCCGCGUGCCCGCUCCCUUGCCGCCUCUUUUGACCCUCCCUGCCCCCCUCGCCGUUUCCCACCGCCCGCCAUUCGCUCCUCCCCGCCCGUGCGCUCCCCUCGUUUACCUUCUCCUCCCCCCUCCCCUCCUCUGCUGCACGCCUCUUCCUUCCCCUCGCCGACCCACUCCACUCCCUGCCCCUCCUCAAUCCGCACCCUGCCCCUCGUAUCUCGCCCCCCUAUGCUUGGUUUCUCCCCUCCCUGCCCCUCGCCGCCUUUCUCCGCCCCCCACCUCCCCCCUCUCCCUGCCCCCCCCACUCUCCCACCCUUGCCCUUGGCUUCCUACCUCCCUGCCCCACCUUUCCCCCCUCUGUGUGCUCAGCUUCUCCCCUCCCUGCCCCUCCCUCCUCCCCGCCCUGCCCCUCGUUUUCCGCCCCCCCCACGCCCGGUUUCUCCCCUCCCCGCGCCUCCCUUUCUUUCUCCGUGCCUCUCCUCUGCUCCCUCCCUGCCCCCGCCUGCCCAUGCCCCUGUCUUUGGCUUCUCCCCUCCCUGCCCCACGUUUCUUCCCUCCCUGCCCACCCCCUCUGCCCCUCCCUUGUUUUCCCCUCACCCAUUGCUUCUCCCCUCCCUGCCCUUGAUUUCCCGCACCCCUGCCCUUGUUUCCUACCAUCCAUGCCCCUCGUUUCCCCCCCUUUGUACGUUCAGCCUCUUCCCUCCCUGCCCCUCCCUUCCUCCCCCCCUGCCCUUUGCUCUCCCCUCGUUACGCUCCCUUCUCCCCAUCCCUGCUGCCCUCUUACCACCAUCAGCCCAUCCCCACCACCAGCCCCCCUCCCACCCUUCUCUCCCCCCCUCCCUUUCCCUCUCUCUCUUUCUCACACACACACACGCACACUCCCCUCCCCCACCCCCCCACCCACAUCCUCCCAUUCUGCCCCUCCCUGCCCCUUUCCCACCCCCUCGCACGCCCCUCACCUCCCACCUCCGUGCAACUGGUUUCCCCCCCUAUGGUGCCUCCCUUGCAUCGCUCGCCCCUCUGCUCACCCUCUGCCCGCCCCUUUUCCGUGCCCUCAGCUGGCCCAGCCCCUGCCCGUUGCUGCCCCUCCCCUUGCCCCCUCAACUCCCCUGCCCCCCGUACACCCCAGUCCCAUCCAACCGCCCCCACCCUCCCCCGGCUGCCCGUUUCCGCUCUCCACCCCCGCGACCGUGUGCGGCUUCCAACCGCCCAACGGUGGUGCGCACGGGGCGUUUCUUCGCACGGGCAAGCCUCCCCGGGGGCCCCCCACCCCGCUGGGUCGUUCAUUACCGCCCCUCUCCCCUUAUCCCCCACCACGCCCCCAAGCAGGCCUUUCUCCCCCCAGCCUCCCGUCUCCCUGCCCUUAGUACCGCCGCGCUCUGCCCGUGCGUCACCCUUGCCCACUUCAUACCACCUCCCCCUUCUCCCCCCCCCCCGGCUUCUCCCUAUCAUCACCCGCAUGUUCCCCCACUCCCCUGUCCACAACGUCCCUCCACCCCCCUUCCUGCUUUCCCCACUCCCACUCUGCCCCCCACACCUCUACGAGCCGUACUUCCCCCUCCAGCCUCCCUUUCCCCCCCAGCUACUUCCGCAUCCAGCGUGGGCUGCACCUCUGCAUCCCGCCCUGCCAGGCCCUUCGCCACCUACCCCAGCCUCCCUCUACCUCUCCCUAACUCCACACCGCCGUUCCUACCCCCAGCCAAGGUCUACACCCCUUGCUUUUGCUCCCUGGGCUGUGCCGUCCCCAACCUCCCUCCGCCUUUCCGCGGCACCAGACCGCCUCUCCCUCCCCCAGCCAACUUUUGCACCCCCUGUUCCUGCCCCUUGUGCCCUCCAACACCCUACCUCAACCCCCCCCAGUCUCCCCCUUCUCCAACACCCUCCAUAUUUCCUCCCCCCUGGGGCUCGCCCAUCCGCAGCUAUCACCCUUCAUCGAUUCCCCAAUUCCCUCUGUCCCCUGUUUCCCGGCCCCGCAUCCUAUCCUGCAUUUACCACAGCACCUCCUUUCGGUGCCCUCUCUGCCCUCCCACGUUCUCACCCCCCGCCUCCCAACCUUCUCAUUACCCGCUACCAGGCUCACGCCAACUCGACUACCCACUACCCUUUGCCCCUUCCUCUCUGUUCCCCACCCUUCCUUUCCCACCUGGCUCCACCUGCCCACCCCCACCUCCCGUGGAAUUCUGCCCUGCCCUCCCCACCUCUGGCCCACCACCUGUCCCCACACCCUGCUCACCCACCGCUACACCACCCCCGCCCCCCCACCUCCACUACAGCCCGCCAACACUUCCCCUCUCAAUCGGCCCCCAGCCCGCCCCCCCCUUGGGCCCCAAUCCCCUCCAACUGUCAGGCCCCCUCUACCCUCUCUUCCACCCACUGCGCACCGCUUUCCCCACCCUUUUCCCCUUUCCCCAAGCUAACCCCCCGCACCCCGGCCUCUGCCAGGGAGUUCCUUCCCCCUUUGACGCCCUCUUGAGCCAACCCCAGCAACUCACACCGCCACCGCCAGGCAUGCUGCCUCUAGCCAGGGGGGAACUUGCAGCUGACACUGCACGGGAAGGGGUAAGUGAGUUUGUGUGUGAAGGAGCAGCAGAGGCUACAGAGGAUGGGGCAGCAAAGGCUGCACGGGAAGGGGCAAUGGGGGUUGUGGGGGAAGGGGCAGCAGAGGCUGCAGAGGAAAGGGCAGCAGAGGCUGCAAGGGAAGGGGCAGCAGCGGCUGCACGGGAAAGGGCGGCAGGGGCUGCACGGGAAGGGGCGGCAGGGACCGUGACUCUGGCCAGGCAAAGGGCAGAGGCCAUGGAGACAGGUUUUGCAGGAGUAGGGGCCACGGAACCUGCUGCUGCGUCGGCUGGGGGAACCGCAGCAGAGGAGGCUAUAGGGACCGCACCAGGAGCGACAGAGGCCACAGCGGGGGCUGGUAUAGGGGGAGGUGCUACGGGUGCAGCGGGGAAGGGGGUAACGGGGACUGGUGCGAGGGAGAGUGCCGCCCCGGCUGUAGCAAGAGAGGGUACGGCAGGGGCCUCAAAGGCAGAAGGUGAGGCUGCAGCUGAAGCAGCAGGGAGGGCCAUAGCACGGCCAGUAGGGGCGGCAGGGGCCGCAGCAAACUCGGGGAAACACACAGCAGGGCCGGCAGGGCCGGCAGAGACUGCAAAAGGGGCUAGCAGUAAAGCGGCAGCAGGCGGGGUGGGCUUGGGGGACAUAGGGGCAACAGGGGAAGGAGAGGGGAGGGUGGUCCCGACCGGGGUGGGCACUGAAGAGGGGGAUGUGAUAGCGAUAGAGGAGGAUGAGGGAGAGGAUGUGAUGCACAUUGACGGGCCACUGGCCCAAUACCUCACGCUUGACGGUGAGGCCGACCCGGCCCCCCUGCAGCCUCACGUCGAGGUUCCCCCUCUACCCCCCAUGCCCGUCCCCAUGCUAGCAGAAGGACCGAUGGAGGGGCUGGGGGAGACCUUGAGGACAGAGCCGCGCGAGGGAGCCCCCAUCCUCACCUCCCGUCCUCCAGCCCACCAGCCCCCAGGAGCACCACUUCCCCACCCCCACCCUCAGGUCCCGGUAGUGUCCAGGGGGGCAGCCAAGGCCCUGGCCUUCUUGGCGGAGCCGUGCUCCCCGACCCCCACGCUGCUCCAUGGCCAGCCCCCCUCUCCGUCCCCAACGCCUGACCCCACGGUUGCAGGCGGUCCACCGGGAGAGCACGCGGGUGCGACAAGAGCAGAGUCACCCGAGGGCACCCCUUCUCUCACCUCUCACCCCUCCCCGCCCCUUCCCUCACUCCUUCCUUCACCCCCAAGGGCAGCACACCUCUGCCCCCACCCUCAGGGGCUCCUUAGAGCACCACGUGGAGCAGCCAGGGCUCUGGUCUUCCUAGAGGAGCCAUGCUCCCCGACUCCUACCAACACCCAGCCACCCCUUACCGGCCCACUACCCCCUCCUCCACCAGGCCCCCCCCCACCCGGUAGUACACACAUCUCGGAGGUUGAAGCAUCUCUGCGGCCAAAUCCCUCUCCCACACGCUACAGGCACCCAAACCACCCGAGUCGCCGCACAGCCCCAACACGCCCACCCAACAGGCUGCCCUCCCCACACCACCCCCCCCAGGCAGCCGAGACCCACCCGCAAGGGCUUGCGCCCCAGGCUCAUGGGAGCGGCGGCACCCGGGUAGAGGGGCCCACAGGAGAGGCCACCACAGAGCCCACACAAAUCUCUCUCCCCCCACCGUUUGUACCUCGCUCUAACCUCCACACUGGCCCAGCCCCUCGACCCCCACCUCCAACCCCCUCUCCCGGCCGGGUUCCCCACGAGUGGCCCCGUUGGGCAGCCAUCACCCCCCACACACAGCUUGCCCGAUCUGUUCCCACGGAGGGGGAUGUUUCGAGGAGAGUGGGGAUGCACACAGAGCACCCCCUGCCUGGCGAACCACCCAUCCUCCCUCCACCCACCCCUUUGGCCCCACAGCCCCCCCUUCCUUCACAAACAGGCGCGGACAACCAGGUUGGCCGCCGGCGGAAGAACAGGGGCAGAGGAGGCAGAGGGUCAGCCCACGUACUCCCCCCUCCCUCCCUCCCCCACCAAGAGCCCCUCCCCACCUCACAUCCCGUUGAACAAUUACCAGGCCCUACCUCUACAGCCCGUCCACCAAACCUACACUCCCGCCCCGCUCCUGCACCUCCACAGGGCCAUGGGAGCGGACCAGCCCACUCACCCCCAUUCUGCCCCUCCCGUGCUGUGUCCCCCUCCCAGGUGGCGGCGGCCGCGAUCGCUACUGGGAGGGGGGCCGUCGGGUUGAGGGAUGCGCCCAUGGCAGACGCCACCGACUCCCCCUCCCAUCCCUCCCACCCCUUCCAUGUCGACGACCCCCUACCGCAACCCAUGGUGAUUGGGGAGGGCCAAGGGGGCCUUCUAGGGCAGGGUCCACACCCGAGCUCCGCUCAGCCAGCACGCCCCACUCCACCCUCUACCCUGCCAGCCCUCCUACUCUCACCUACAGGCAGGCAGGUCUUCGAGACCCCAGAGGAGGUGAGGGCUGGCAUUUCAGAUUUGCUGGCGAUACACCGCCUGAGCAGCUCUCCGGCUGCCCCCACCCUUCCAGUCCCACAGGACCGGACCCGGACGUAUGCGGAGGUCACCCGGUCUGUCCCUUCUUUUAUCCCCCCCGCCACUCAGCCAGGCGCGUCACUCCCGACCCCAAUGGAGACGGACCGGGGUCUGAGGCCGUGUCACUCGCACCUAGACGGGGUGGCGCCUCCCCCCGUUCAGCCCGUGGCGCAGGAGGUCACCAGCAGUAGGGAUGAGGCAUCCGCCCCUACCGAGACCCCUCCGCCUGGGGUAGCAGAGCCGUCACUUGAACCGCACCCCGCCGAGGGGCAGGAGCACACCACGGCACACACUUCAGGCUCACCUCCACGUCCCCCCUCCCCAGCUUCAACACCGGUGCCGGCACGAGGCCCGGCCCUAUCCUGUGCGACACCACCUCUAUCUUCGCUGACACCCCCCCCGCGCGGGGCUGGUGAGUCGUCUCCUCCCCUCAUCCCAGGCGAUCCUGUCGGAGCUCAGGCCGCCCACGGGGUCCCCUCUACAGCCAGUUCCGACGCCACGGCCCCGAUUGACCCCGCCGACACGGCGACAUCACCCGACCAGGUCGUGAGUUGCCCCACCUGCAGGAGCUCUCUCGCGAACCGACGCGCGCUCCAGCACCACAUUCCCUUCUGCCAUCCUGCGGACGCGGCUCGCAGGGCGCAGGCUGCCCAUGAUACCGCCUCGAUCAUCCCUUCCCUCUCACAGCCCCGUGCGACCGGGAUGCAGUUCACCGACGCACAGUGGCAGACGCUCGACUCGGUGGACUGGACAGAGUACUUCUCGCCCGAGCGUAUCCAUACACGCCCUCUCCGACGUGUCCCGGAGAGGGUCCGCGGAGGAUAUCUUGACGUCCUCAGUGCGAUCCUAGUCCGCAUUGCCCAGGACCCGGAGGCUGCUGGCCCUACCUUCCUCCUCGCUGCAGCGCCGACUCUUUUCCUUGUUCCAGCGACGCCACCCGACCGCUCGCACACGGCUGCCAUUGCAACGCGCAUCUCUCGCUUUGGUCGAGGUGAGUGGGCUGAGCUAGUCUCAGAUGCACUAGGCCGUCGCACACCCCUUCCUCGCCGCACAGGUCACCGGUCACGCACCGCCACCGAUCCCUCUGCAGCAGAUGAGCGCCGCAUUGCACGUUGCCUUCGUCUGGCAGCGUGCAAUGAGACCUCACGGGCGUGCGCGGCUCUCGAGUCCGCGGAGGCAGCCCCAGAUACACAGGGGACGAUACAGCGCCUGCAGUCGAAGCACCCCAACGCGGAGAGGCCGACCCCAGCUUGGCUGUCUGGCUUCCAGGGGUCCCCUCUCGUGCUCUCGGUGGAUCACUUACGCCGCGCGAUUUUCACAGCUCCGCGGGGCUCUUCGGGAGGACCGUCCGGUUGGGUCGCUGAGCACCUGCGAGACACUUUCCUAGCUUUCCCUCAGAGUCUCCAUUUCCUCCUGGCCGUGUACCAGCAGUGGCUCCGAGGCCGUUGCGCUCCAGCUGCGCGCUCCUUGCUAGCGUCCUCCACCCUCGUGGCUCUGGCGAAGUCGAACAUGGAUGUUCGGCCGAUUGCCAUCGGCGAGGUUUUGGUCCGCAUUCUUUCUCGGGCAGUUUGUCUCCAGCUACGUGACCAGAUGGCGAGGGUCUUCUUGGCAUCACAGCAGUUUGGGGUGGGGGUUACGUGCGGGACAGAGGUCGUAGUUAGAGGCGUCCGCCGCGCUCUGGCUGACCACCCAGACUGGGUGGUCCUGCAGCUAGACGUGGCGAAUGCCUUUAACUCUUUCCACCGAGACAGGAUGUUUCAGGCGCUGCAGGCCAGUCCGGAGUUUCAGUGUCUGAUCCCCUUCAUCGGCCUCUUCUACGGGACGCCCUCGGAUCUCCACUACAGGUCAGGCACGGGAGUGGUCACGAUGCACUCGGAGCGGGGCACUCGCCAGGGAGACCCUCUCAGCCCCUUCUUGUACGCUCUGACACAGCGUCUUGCUUUGGAGCCGGUUCUGGCGGAGGGGGAUGUCCAGCUCUGGUCGUACGCCGAUGACACGUACGUGCUAGGUCCCCCAGACAGGGUGCUGCACCAUUUUGCCGAGAUCGUGAGGCGCUUGGGCGAGAUGGGCCUUGCAGCCCAGCCGCACAAGUGCCUCGUCUACCAGACAGAGUCCUUUCUGUCCAGGGAUCUGGAGGCUUUCACGGGCCUAGGGAUCGAGGUCGCACGCCGAGGGCUCACCGUGACAGGCGUACCGGUAGGCACCGUUUCGUUCGUGGAGCAGAGUCUCCCGGAUCGUCUCGAGAGGAUGGGGCGGGUGCUACCUUGGCUUCCGAGGUUGCGCCAGCCCCAGACAGCUGCCCGCCUUCUUUCGGCGUGUGUCAGCACUCGUCCGCAGUACCUGUCGAGGACCGUCCCUCCUUCGCCCGCAGUGAUCUCCAGUUUUACACGGUGGGACGCACGCCUGGGAGAGACUUUUCAGCAGCUUUUAGCUUCAGGGACCUGGGCUUGUCGCGAGGACGUCCGAGAGGCCGCCCUAGACCAGAUCUUCCUCCCCAUCCGUCUCGGGGGUUUCGGCAUUCGUCGCAUGGCGCGCAUGGCCCCGGUGAGUUUCGUGUGCUCCUGGGUGCAGUGUGCACCCAUUCUCUGUUCUCUCCCUGCGUGUGGCGAGGUGUUUCGGCAGAGCUUCGCUUCAGGUGAGCCAGAGCAGAUCGACCGGGCUCUGCAGACGGCGCUAGAGGGUCUCCCUCCUGACGUUCUCUCUCUCCUUCCCCCCUGGCCCUCUUGCGCUUCUGCCUCCCCCGAUUCCCUUUUUGCAGGAGCGAGCCGUCUUCUGGAGGCGCAUGCCUUGGAGGCCGUGCGUGCCCGUCACACCUCUCCCUUGCACCUUGCCCGUUUGACUUCCCUUCAGGGCGGAGGUGCAGGAGCGUGGUUGACGUCGGUGCCGUACGCCGACCCACUGCGCAUCCCGGAGGCGCUGUGGCAGGCGGCUUCAUCUUCUCGUCUUGGUCUCCCUAUCCCCCAGUUAGCCCUUGCAGGUCAGUGCUCCUGCGGACAGGCGAUUGACGACAUGACGGUGCCUCAUCACGCGGUUCGGUGCCCGCGUUACGGGGUCGCCACUACCAUCCACGACACGGUGAAGUACAUGCUUCGAGACUUUGCGGUCGAGGCGGGCUUCGCGGUAAAGGUGGAGGACUCUACGCUGUUCACACAGUUGGAGGCGGCUCGAGCGAGACUACUGGGACAGCCAGUGGUGGGAGAGGGGACACGGGCUGAGGGACCGGGGGAGCGGAGAGGCGAGGCGGGACAGCCGGGUGGCGGGGGACAGUGGGGACGGCACCAGCUGCGGGGUCAGGUGGAGCGAGGGACAGGUGGGCAGAGGGGACGGCAGGGGGAGCAGACGGGCCAGGACGGGGAGGGGGGACGGCACAGGCAGCAGCAGGAGAGCCAGUGGAGGCCGCGGGCCCAGGGCGCCGCGCCUCCAGGUUCGGCCUCGGGGGCGGGGCAGGGGCGGGAGCAGCAGAGAGCGGACGGAGGUACAGGAGGGGCAGCGGGAUUGGGAGGGGAGGGCCAGGGAGUGAGAGAGGCAGCAGGGGAUGGAGCAGGGGGGUCGGGAGGUUUGGGGGAGGGUAGGGAGGGGGAGGGGAGAGGACAGGUGGAUGGAGGAGAGGAGAGGGGGAGAGAGACGAUCGGAGAGGGGGCACCAAGGGACCAGACAGGGCAGCAGCCAGCGCAACAGCAGGGACCAGUCGGACGCACAGGCCGUGUAGGCACCGCCUCCCGCAUUCCAGACCUCACCUGCCGCGACGUUGGCCAGGGUCUGAUGGUUCUUGUGGAUGUCUCCAUAGCGGAUCCACAGCGGGAGGGGAACGUGCAGCUGAGACGGGCGACCCCCACACAGAUUGGAGUGGCAGCAGCUAGGCGGGUGCAGGAGAAGCUGCGUCACUGGGGGCCGCACUUAGAGGGGCUGCAGCCGGCACCACACUUUUACGCGUGCGUGGCGGAGACCUUUGGCCUUCUGAGUGAGCCGCUGCGUCAGUUUCUGGGGCUCUGCGCAAAGAGGAUAGCACAGCGGAGGAGGGAUAGAGGUGGGGGGGAUGACGGAUCGGCACGGAUAUUUGAGGCAGGACUCACUACACGCCUCUCCGUUGCACUGCAGCGCGCGCAGGCUCAAUGCAUGAUCCAGCAUGCGGUGCGGCAGUUAGGGAGGUCCGACGACGGGUGGAUGCCCGCACCAGUCCCACUGGGUGCGGGGCAGGGAACUUGGCACCACGUCACAGGGUGCUUCGAGAGUUCACACCCCCUGCCCCCUCAUGCCAUCCGCUCCCCCCGCCCCUACCCUCCGCGUGCCCGCUCCCUUGCCGCCUCUUUUGACCCUCCCUGCCCCCCUCGCCGUUUCCCACCGCCCGCCAUUCGCUCCUCCCCGCCCGUGCGCUCCCCUCCUUUACCUUCUCCUCCCCCCUCCCCUCCUCUGCUGCACGCCUCUUCCUUCCCCUCGCCGACCCACUCCACUCCCUGCCCCUCCUCAAUCCGCACCCUGCCCCUCGUAUCUCGCCCCCCUAUGCUUGGUUUCUCCCCUCCCUGCCCCUCGCCGCCUUUCCCCGCUCCCCACCUCCCCCCUCUCCCUGCCCCCCCCACUCUCCCCCCCCCUUGUCCUUGGCUUCCUACCUCCCUGCCUCACCUUUCCCCCCUCUGUGUGCUCAGCUUCUCCCCUCCCUGCCCCUCCCUCCUCCCCGCCCUGCCCCUCGUUUUCCGCCCCCCCCCCCCCACGCCCGGUUUCUCCCCUCCCCGCGCCUCCCUUUCUUUCUCCGUGCCUCUCCUCUUGCUCCCUCCCUGCCCCCGCCUGCCCAUGCCCCUGUCUUUGGCUUCUCCCCUCCCUGCCCCACGUUUCUUCCCUCCCUGCCCACCCCGUCUGCCCCUCCCUUGUUUUCCCCUCACCCAUUGCUUCUCUCCCUCCCUGCCCUUGAUUUCCCGCACCCCUGCCCUCGUUUCCUAUCAUCCAUGCCCCUCGUUUCCCCCCUUUGUACGUUCAGCCUCUUCCCUCCCUGCCCCUCCCUUCCUCCCCCCCUGCCCUUUGCUCUCCCCUCGUUACGCUCCCUUCUCCCCAUCCCUGCUGCCCUCUUACCACCAUCAGCCCAUCCCCACGACCAGCCCCCCUCCCACCCUUCAUCUCCCCCCUCCCUCUCUCUCUCUCUCUCUCUCUCUCUCUCUUCUCACACACACACACACGCACACUCCCCUCCCCCACCCCCCCCACCUACAUCCUCCCAUUCUGCCCCUCCCUGCCCCUUUCCCACCCCCUCGCACGCCCCUCACCUCCCACCUCCGUGCAACUGGUUUCCCCCCCUAUGGUGCCACCCUUGCAUCGCUCGCCCCUCUGCUCACCCUCUGCCCGCCCCUUUUCCGUGCCCUCAGUUGGCCCAGCCCCUGCCCGUUGCUGCCCCUCCCCUUGCCCCCUCAACUCCCCUGCCCCCCGUACACCCCAAGUCCCAUCCAACCGCCCCCACCCUCCCCCGGCUGCCCGUUUCCGCUCUCCACCCCCGCGACCGUGUGCGGCUUCCAACCGCCCAACGGUGGUGCGCACGGGGCUCACACCCCCUGCCCCCUCAUGCCAUCCGCUCCCCCCGCCCCUACCCUCCGCGUGCCCGCUCCCUUGCCGCCUCUUUUGACCCUCCCUGCCCCCCCUCGCCGUUUCCCACCGCCCGCCAUUCGCUCCUCCCCGCCCCGUGCGCUCCCCUCCUUUACCUUCUCCUCCCCCCUCCCCUCCUCUGCUGCACGCCUCUUCCUUCCCCUCGCCGACCCACUCCACUCCCUGCCCCUCCUCAAUCCGCACCCUGCCCCUCGUAUCUCGCCCCCUAUGCUUGCUUCUCCCCUCCCUGCCCCUCCCUCCUCCCCGCCCUGCCCCUCAUUUUCCGCCCCCCCCCCCCCACGCCCGGUUUCUCCCCUCCCCGCGCCUCCCUUUCUUUCUCCGUGCCUCUCCUUUGCUCCCUCCCUGCCCCCGCCUGCCCAUGCCCCUGUCUUUGGCUUCUCCCCUCCCUGCCCCACGUUUCUUCCCUCCCUGCCCCCCGUCUGCCCCUCCCUUGUUUUCCCCUCACCCAUUGCUUCUCUCCUCCCUGCCCUUGAUUUCCCACACCCCUGCCCUCGUUUCCUAUCAUCCAUGCCCCUCCCCCUGCCCGUUGCUGCCCCUCCCCUUGCCCCCUCAACUCCCCUGCCCCCCGUACACCCCAAGUCCCAUCCAACCGCCCCCACCCUCCCCCGGCUGCCCGUUUUCCGCUCUCCACCCCCGCGACCGUGUGCGGCUUCCAACCGCCCAACGGUGGUGCGCACGGGGCGUUUCUUCGCAUGGGCAAGCCUCCCCGGGGGCCCCCCACCCCGCUGGGUCGUUUCACACCCCCUGCCCCCUCAUGCCAUCCGCUCCCCCCGCCCCUACCCUCCGCGUGCCCGCUCCCUUGCCGCCUCUUUUGACCCUCCCUGCCCCCCCUCGCCGUUUCCCACCGCCCGCCAUUCGCUCCUCCCCGCCCGUGCGCUCCCCUCCUUUACCUUCUCCUCCCCCCUCCCCUCCUCUGCUGCACGCCUCUUCCUUCCCCUCGCCGACCCACUCCACUCCCUGCCCCUCCUCAAUCCGCACCCUGCCCCUCGUAUCUCGCCCCCCUAUGCUUGGUUUCUCCCCUCCCUGCCCCUCGCCGCCUUUCCCCGCUCCCCACCUCCCCCCUCUCCCUGCCCCCCCCACUCUCCCCCCCCUUGUCCUUGGCUUCCUACCUCCCUGCCUCACCUUUCCCCCCUCCGUGUGCUCAGCUUCUCCCCUCCCUGCCCCUCCCUCCUCCCCGCCCUGCCCCUCAUUUUCCGCCCCCCCCCCCCACGCCCGGUUUCUCCCCUCCCCGCGCCUCCCUUUCUUUCUCCGUGCCUCUCCUUUGCUCCCUCCCUGCCCCCGCCUGCCCAUGCCCCUGUCUUUGGCUUCUCCCCUCCCUGCCCCACGUUUCUUCCCUCCCUGCCCCCCGUCUGCCCCUCCCUUGUUUUCCCCUCACCCAUUGCUUCUCUCCUCCCUGCCCUUGAUUUCCCACACCCCUGCCCUCGUUUCCUAUCAUCCAUGCCCCUCGUUUCCCCCCUUUGUACGUUCAGCCUCUUCCCUCCCUGCCCCUCCCUUCCUCCCCCCUGCCCUUUGCUCUCCCCUCGUUACGCUCCCUUCUCCCCAUCCCUGCUGCCCUCUUACCACCAUCAGCCCAUCCCCACGACCAGCCCCCCUCCCACCCUUCAAUCCCCCCCUCCCUCUCUCUCUCUCUCUCUCUCUCUCUCUUUCUCACACACACACACACACGCACACUCCCCUCCCCCACCCCCCCCACCUACAUCCUCCCAUUCUGCCCCUCCCUGCCCCUUUCCCACCCCCUCGCACGCCCCUCACCUCCCACCUCCGUGCAACUGGUUUCCCCCCUAUGGUGCCACCCUUGCAUCGCUCGCCCCUCUGCUCACCCUCUGCCCGCCCCUUUUCCGUGCCCUCAGUUGGCCCAGCCCCUGCCCGUUGCUGCCCCUCCCCUUGCCCCCUCAACUCCCCUGCCCCCCGUACACCCCAAGUCCCAUCCAACCGCCCCCACCCUCCCCCGGCUGCCCGUUUCCGCUCUCCACCCCCGCGACCGUGUGCGGCUUCCAACCGCCCAACGGUGGUGCGCACGGGGCUCACACCCCCUGCCCCCUCAUGCCAUCCGCUCCCCCCGCCCCUACCCUCCGCGUGCCCGCUCCCUUGCCGCCUCUUUUGACCCUCCCUGCCCCCCCUCGCCGUUUCCCACCGCCCGCCAUUCGCUCCUCCCCGCCCGUGCGCUCCCCUCCUUUACCUUCUCCUCCCCCCUCCCCUCCUCUGCUGCACGCCUCUUCCUUCCCCUCGCCGACCCACUCCACUCCCUGCCCCUCCUCAAUCCGCACCCUGCCCCUCGUAUCUCGCCCCCCUAUGCUUGGUUUCUCCCCUCCCUGCCCCUCGCCGCCUUUCCCCGCUCCCCACCUCCCCCCUCUCCCUGCCCCCCCCACUCUCCCCCCCCCCCUUGUCCUUGGCUUCCUACCUCCCUGCCUCACCUUUCCCCCCUCCGUGUGCUCAGCUUCUCCCCUCCCUGCCCCUCCCUCCUCCCCGCCCUGCCCCUCAUUUUCCGCCCCCCCCCCCCCACGCCCGGUUUCUCCCCUCCCCGCGCCUCCCUUUCUUUCUCCGUGCCUCUCCUUUGCUCCCUCCCUGCCCCCGCCUGCCCAUGCCCCUGUCUUUGGCUUCUCCCUCCCUGCCCCACGUUUCUUCCCUCCCUGCCCCCCGUCUGCCCCUCCCUUGUUUUCCCCUCACCCAUUGCUUCUCUCCUCCCUGCCCUUGAUUUCCCACACCCCUGCCCUCGUUUCCUAUCAUCCAUGCCCCUCCCCCUGCCCGUUGCUGCCCCUCCCCUUGCCCCCUCAACUCCCCUGCCCCCCGUACACCCCAAGUCCCAUCCAACCGCCCCCACCCUCCCCCGGCUGCCCGUUUCCGCUCUCCACCCCCGCGACCGUGUGCGGCUUCCAACCGCCCAACGGUGGUGCGCACGGGGCGUUUCUUCGCAUGGGCAAGCCUCCCCGGGGGCCCCCCACCCCGCUGGGUCGUUGUUUGGGCAAAAAAAACGAAAAGAAAAGAAUCGGACCGCGCUAA